CGGACGUUGAGGAGGCUGGUAACGGUCGCUGUGUUGGUCAGAGUAGAGAUAAUCGGGAAGAGGAUAGCCAUCAUACAGCGGACUUGAUGAUAGAGGAACGCCUGGCCUGUCACUUCAAACUGACUCAAUAACUAAGCCAGUCAAGGAGCAGCAAUAGAAGCUCUGAUGGGACCAGAUCAAGACCAAAGGAUUACUAUGAACUAUGAAGAUCGGCUCAAAGCAGCUAUGGCCUUUAUCCGCCUUUGUGUGGAACAUGGAGGGGGAGACAGUCCAAGACAAGGCCAUGUUCCACCAUACACAGCAGCUUCUGUAACCAGACCCAUGCUUCCUAUGAUGUUGAAACCCACUUUGCAACCAGAGAUCUCUGAGGAGCCCAGAGUUCCUAGGAAACCUGUAAUGAAAAGGAAGGUUCUGAGGCGAAGGCCCGAUGGAGAAAUACAGGUGACAGAUGAAUCAAUCACCAGUGAACCAGAGUCCAGCAGUCUAAGUGACCCUGAGUAUGGGGAUCUGAGUCAGAGAACAUUACAUCAGAAUACUAAGGAAGAUGAAGAAUCUGAGGAGGAAUGUGAGCCAAAGACUUCCCCUGAGUCAGAAACUGCUUAUUCGUGGAGAACUUCAGAAGACAGCCACAGUCAAGGCUCCCAAAGAGAGAGCCGGUGCCAAAGUAGUCCGUCAUCUGAGCAGGACUUGAUCAUUACCGGCCACCCAAAGUCCUUUAUAUUGCCAAGAUCAGAGCAGCUAAACCAAAACAGAAUGAAGACUGACCGGGUAGCCCGUUAUUUGGAGUAUAAGCAUGACUGGGAGUCACUACGGCUACCAGGGGAAGAUUCCAGGAAAAAUGUGCGGAGGAACAUCCGGGAACAGAUGCUGUAUAAGACAGAAUUUCCUCCUAGGUCUCAGCACACUUAUAUCCCCAACAAAUACCUGGUGCCUACUGAAAAGAAGAGAUCUGCCCUGCGUUGGGGAAUACGCUGUGACCUGGCAAAUGGAGUCAUGCCUAGAAGUUCUUACUCGUCCUAGAAAUCCAGAGUACCAAGAGUUAUAUUCACAGCACAGUGUAUUGCUUAUCAUCUAUUAUUUUGUUUCCUUUGAAGCCUAAAUCCUGCUUAUUUUUAAAUCACUUUGGCUUUCCAAGCAUGUAUGUGCUGGGGCAGAGAAGAUUUUCCUUAUUAGUGGUAUUUAAAUGAACCUGAACAGGAUCAAUUACAUAUAUUGAUACAUGAGAUAAGAUAAACUGCAGCCUGCUGGAAUGUGUUUCAAAGAGAAUAGCCGUUCUUGAAAUAUCAUUAUCAGUUCUCCCAAAUACAAUGAACUCCAAUGUGAAGUCACUUUUUAAAAACUUUAAAGUACUGGAUACUACAGUUAUUAAAAUUGUGUGGAAUAAAAGUACUGCUUGUUUAUUUAGCAAGCUUGAUUUUUCUGAUUAGAUUGUGAGAGCUGAAGAAAUUCCUCAAAAAUAAGGAACAAGCAACUCUUUCUGUGGGAGCAAAGUAAUAUUAAAGACAUGCUAGAAGCAAAUGUAGAAACCCCCCUGAAGUCAUAAUGUAAAGAUGUGAGGAGAGGGCAGAGAAAGGGAAUGGAGCUCUAAACAGAUAAUUUGGGUGAAGUUACCAGUUGUCAAAUAAUGCACUUUUAUGCUG